AUGUCGCACAAGAAGAUCAAGGGCGGCCAUAUGGCCAUCAUCGAGAACUGGUAUCAUCAGAUACCGGCAUUUACGGACGUGUUUACCGAGGAGAGUUUCUACAUGUUUGCCGUGUGCUUUGUGCUGGCCACCAUUGCCGUCGUGUUUGUGCUGUCCCGGUUUAUCACGCUAAAGCCGGUUGAUUAGUCAAUGAUUUUUUCUGUUGCAGUUUCAUGCACGCCACGAAAGAAGAAUUGUGUAAGAUUAACGGAAGGAACAAUGUAAGUAAAUUCUAGCAGGAUAAAGCUUUGGAAAGGUUAAGAA